AUGCUCAGCGUUACGCUGGAGGUGCUGUGUUGUAUCAAAUCGGAUACCGGAGUUAUUCUUGUCUUAUUAUUCAUCUUAUCUGAUUUUUCAAGCUUGAAGUGGAGAUUGUUCUUUUCAUUUGUACCUACUUUCCCUUUCAUUAUCAACACUUGGAUAUCCGGUGACGUUACGAGCGCAUUAGGUAUGAGGUGGUCAUGGGGGUUGGCAUAUGGGCUUUCAUAUUCCCCCUCGCUUGUAUCCCAAAGAUAUGUUGCAUGCUCCAUAUGCGUUAUUUGGCAGGUAAUACAGAGGAAUGGAAAGCAUUCAAACAAAGGAAAACAAAGCUCCAAGGACUGGGUGUUUGGGGUUUCGUGA